AUGUCUCCCCUCGCUGCAGCCAAAGAGACCCAUGAGCUGUCUGACUCCAAGCCCACCAGAGCAGGGGCAGGCGAGCGGGGACCCCGGUGGGCUCGCACGAAGUACGACCGCUACCUGCUGCCGUGUGUGGCCGAGUUCUUCGGCACGGCCCUCUUCGUCUUCUCUGGGUGCGCCUCGGUCAUCGAGAACUCGCCCGGCACGGGAAGCCUGCAGCCCGCCGUGGCCCACGGCCUCGCCCUCUCCAUAUCCAUCGCCAUCACCGCAGGCAUCAGCGGCGGCCACAUGAACCCGGCCGUGACCCUCGGGGUCACCGUGGCAGGAGGCCUGAACGCCAUGCUGCUGGUGCCCUAUUGGCUCGCCCAGUUCUGUGGGGCCAUGGCUGGAGCCGGCCUCGCCAGGUUCUAUGGAGCCAUGUCUGGAGCCGGCCUCGCCAGGGCUGUGGCGUCGUCUCACGAGAGCUACGUGAACGCGUCGGGCGGAGCCUUCAACGCCAUCCAGGGUAACCACCAGGUGGGCGCAGCUAUCAUUGCAGAGCUGGUGAUGACCUUCUACCUAGUGCUGGCCGUCUGUCUGAGCGCCGUCAACCACCAGAGUAAAACGCCCCUCGCACCCUUCUGCAUUGGGCUCACACUCUGCGUUGGCAUCCUCGGAGCUGGUGCGGUGUCCGGUGCGUGUCUGAACCCUGCGCGUGCGUUCGGCCCGGCGGUGGCAGCUAACUACUGGUCCUACCACUGGGUGUACUGGGUGGCUCCACUGGGGGCGGGCCUACUAGUGGGCGUCGUGCUCAGGACCCUGUUGGGUGAUACGCGGACAAGACUGACGUUCCGCAAGCUGGAGGCGUCUUCACAUUGAUAAGGCUCUGAAGACUUCACCCCCAAAAUUCCACUCCAUCCCCAAGAUUCCAUCCUUUCUCCCAGUUAUCACGCCUUGAGGCUUCACUCAUUAGUACGACUGUGACAAUCAGAUUAACAGUCGGUUCAUUAGCGAUGAUUACAGAGAGGUAUUGUUUAUAUCGUGAUGGAAGAUGAGUGAGAUUUGUACAUCUUGUUGAAUAUGAAUUGUUUCCAUUUUGGUUUUUUUCUUCUUCUUCAAUUAACCUGUAAAUUUCAUAUAUUUGUUGUAUUUGUUUGAACACGUUUUAGUGACUAGUUCUUUACUGGAAAAAUGUUAGCUCUCACGUUAAACUGUUAGUUUCAUUGUGAUUCUGUGAUUGUGGUUCAUUAGGGCCUAUAUGAUAUGUUUAAAAUGUUUACAUAAACUUGGGUAGGCCUUUGUGUCUUCAUGACUUUCGCUGUCCUCAUGUUACCUUUCAAAGUAAAGCAUUUUCUUACAAAUUA